UUGGGGUAGUGAUAAAUAUGAUAGGUAUUCGCAAUGUGGUGCGACGAAUAAAUGGGAGACGGUGAGAGUUGCAACAAAGGCGAUGAACAAGUGGCAGGCCCAGCUCAGCAAUCGUUGUGGUCGUUGGUUGGAAGCGGGAGGGGUCGAGCGAUCGCCAGAUGGAAAAAGUUUGAAUAUGAAGUGAGUUACCACAAGGAUAUUAUUAGUGUUUGUAGAGAGUCAACCAGUAAUUCUUGAUCCCGGGUCG